AUGGCUUCCUGCAGCAGUCUGUUGUGUGAAGAACAGUUUCAGUGCUCAAUCUGCCUGGAGGUCUUCACUAAGCCCGUCUCCAUCGCCUGUGGCCACAACUUCUGCAAGGCCUGUAUCGCGGGAUACUGGGACAACAGCAACCACUGCCAGUGUCCACUCUGCAUGGAGACAUUCGCGAGGAAACCAGAGUUAAAAACGAACACGACGAUCCGAGAAGUCUCGGAUCAUUUAAAAGGGAUGCGAGAAAGAAGUAGUGAUGAAUCUAAUUAUGUAGACAAAGCCUGCGACAUCUGCACUUUGGGGAAACUGAAGGCAACAAAGUUUUGCCUCGAGUGUCUGACAUCUUUUUGUGAAGUUCAUCUAGAGCCUCACCACAGGGUUGCAGGACUGAGGAGACACACUCUGCUCGAUCCCGAGGUCAAACUGGACAACAGGAUGUGCAAGAAGCACAAUGUUCUUCUGGACGUGUUCUGCCGGACGGAUAAAGAGUGCGUUUGUCAGCUGUGCAUCAGUGAGGACCACGACACUCACAACACCGUACCACUGGAGAUAGAGUGUGACAAGGUAAAGAGACGGAUUGGAGAGACGGAGCUCAGAGUGCGACAGAUGAUGCAGGAGAAGCUGCAGAAGAUCCAGGAGGUCAAGUAUCUGGUGGACCUCAGGAGGAGGGACGCCCAGAAGGACAUAUCGGACAGUGUGCAGGUGUUCACCGCUCUCAUCGCCUCCAUUAAAAGGAGCCAAUCAGAGCUCAUUUGGGUGAUUAAGAAGAAGCAAAAGGCAAUGGAGAGAGAAGCCGAGGGCUUCGUUAAAGCUCUUGAGCAACAAAUUAGUGCACUGCAGAGAAGAUGCACAGAGCUGGAGCAGCUCUCGCACACCAACGACCAUCUCCACGUCCUCCUGAGAUCGCCAUCUCUCUGCAGCCUUCCACACUUGAACGAUCAGCAAGAGUUCAGCAUCCAGAGCGGCGAGUAUGAGCAGAACGUCAGGAAAUCUUUGCGGAGCACCAUCUCCGAACUAGAGGAGACUGCGAGACGAGAACUUUUCAACUUUGAAGACAAGUUUAACAAGGAAAUGGAGAAGUUCCCCGAUCAGAAGCUGCAGUGGGUUCGGCACUAUGCUGUGGAUGUAACUCUGGACCCGGACACUGCACAUCGCUCCCUCACUCUCUCCGACGAUGGGAAGGAGGUGAGGGAAGGCAAGUUGCAAAAGAGACCUUUCAACCCCAAAAGAUUUACAGGGUUAUUGGGUUCAUCAGUUGUAGCAAAGGAGGGAUACUCCUCAGGAAGGUUUUACUUUGAGGUGCAAGUGGAGGAGAAGAACAAAUGGGCCAUCGGAGUCGCUAGAGAGUCCGUCGACAGGAAGAAGUGGUUCUCAAUAUCAACUCAACACGGAUACUGGACGAUAGGGCUGGGAGAUGGCUAUAAAGCCAACACUGCUCCUUCGGUCUCCCUCUACCCACGGAAGCUGAAGAAGGUCGGGGUGUUCGUGGAUUACGACGAAGGGGAGGUCUCCUUUUAUGAUACAGAGGGCAAGUCUCAUAUCUACUCAUUCAGCGGCUACACUUUUACCGAAAAACUCUUCCCUUACUUUUACUGCGGCAUCGAUGAUAGUGCACCGUUGGUUGUAACUGCUGUGAAUCCGGAGGACUACAACCAAAACUAAA